AUGACAAUAGAAGUAGAUACAAAGACCCAAUUCAAUAAAUUAUUAGAUGGACUCCUGGAUGAAUCUGCGAAUGCAGUAUUAGAGGGAGAAAAAAAUGUUACAGAAACUGAAUCGGAUGAUGUGAGUCUCUAUCAAUUGUUGGAUGAAGUUUCGGGUGGGAGAAAGCUAAUGAAUUGUUUGUUUCGUGACGUUACUCCUAUCGAUAAUAUGACUUUGACGAAAUCAUGGAAUGAUCGCGAAAACCCUUUUAAUUCACAUUCACGAAGAAUAGCAAGAGACUGGCAUGACGAGGAGCAACAAUCGAGUUCUCAAUUAAAUACAUCAAUGGCAUUUCAAAAUGAUGCACCUGUGAUUUUCCAAUGGAGUCAUAAGGCUUCUAACACUAGAGACAUAAGCGCACCAAAUUCGCCAGAAAUUAAAAGAAGUCGUGGUUUUAGUGAGUCCAAGAAAGAAACUACAAACCAAAGGUUGUUUAAUGACGCCUUGAAAAAUAUUAGAGAAUUGAAUAUACUGCGACCUUCAUGGGAAACAAUUAUUUCGGAUGUAGAUGAAUCAUCUUUUGAUAACAAUACCGGACGUGCAUACAGUAAUGGAAUGACUUCUAUAGCCACAAGUGAAACAGGUAAAAACAAUCCUUCUUGGAAAGAUCCUAGUUUUAAAGUUGAUCCAUUACAGAAAUUUGUGGUCAAAGAACUCCCUAAAGAGAAGAAGCCAUCGGCUGAUAAACCUGGGAAGCACAAAUCAAAGAAGGGUGUUCUGUGGUUCUUAAAAGGUGGCCAUCAUCAUAAGAAACCGGCUCAUAAGACUAAGAAGGACAAUAUAGAUUUGAACAUUGAAAAUAAGACCAUAGAUACAUCCAGUACUGCCCCUAUUGCAAAUAAUAUACCGAAAACUGACGUUGAUAGACACGAUACACUACUACCUAACCCCAUAAAUGAAAUAGUUUUUGACUCUGUCGGCAGUUCUUCCGUCAGGGAUUCUACUAACACGAGUGGUUUCCUGCUAGAUGAAGCUGACUUCAAACAAACGUAUCAGGGUGAUAAUAAUAUAAAAAAUGACAGUUCUUUGGAAAUAGGGCAACAAGAUGUCCCUACUGGACAGUUCAUACCUAUUGAUAAAGACGAAAGCGAGUACGAAAACAGUGUAAAUGCAGACGAUGACGAUGACGAUGAUGAUGACGACUUCGGUGAUUUUGCGGAUGUGUCAGUUACUCCACCUAUUCCCACUUCUGCUGCUAAGGAGCAAUCACCAAGCAAACCUGUUGAACUACUAAAAGGCGAAGAUAGAGAUCAAUCGAAAUCCUCUGAGGUAUCGGUUUCUCCUCCAAUAGCACUGUCUGACGGUGACAAGGUUCCUAGUAUGGAUUCCUUCAUUCCAUUACAACCCAUGAAAAAGUAA